AUGUACACAAAAGAGAGCUGGACGUGUAUUUUUCUUAUUAUUUGCAGUAUGCAGAGCGUGUGUCAUUGUUGUGACUGGAUUCGACACCACUACGGCCUCUUGAGCGCAGAAUACCUUUCCCUGCUGGACCAGAUGGGAGGAGACAUCACAGAGCAGGAGGCCCCUGUCUUUUUCCCCGCAUCACUAUACCGACGCAUAGAUGACGCCGAGUUUGAGGACCAAGUCAGAUUCCGGAACGAGACCAUCUAUCAAAUCACAAAACUGUUUGAUGGGAAUAUGAAGGCUGUCACCUGGGACAAGAAAAAGCUGGACGAUUUCCUCAACAUUCUCGAACGCCAGUUUGAGAACCUUAAAUCCUGUGUAUCACCUGCCAAGAAACCUGAGAGGAGGCUGAAUCGCUACUUCAAGAAGUUGAAUAGGAAGGUUCUGAGAAAAAUGAACUACAGUGCGCAGGCGUGGGAGCUCAUCAGGAAAGAGACGAAACAUCACUUGCAAAGAUUGGAUAUUUUUAAGGCAAAGAUGCACUGA